AUGAAGAGAACGAUGGACAUCGCUUCGUCGUCUUUCGCUCCGGGCGUAGCGCAACAGUACUACGGCGGCAGUGUGACUGGGUGGACCCGAGCAAGUCCGGUGCAGGUCGUACCGUCUCAGGUGUCAUCCUCCCUGAAUGUCACGCCCAGAUGUACUCGCAACCCUGGCAUCGUAGACGUGCUGUCGUCCAUCUUCGACGAGAUGGAGUACACCUCCGCGGACCCGCAGAAACCGCUGCCGGCUCCACCACUUAAGCCAAAGCCGCAGAGUUUGUUCGACGCUAUGGUAAACUUUCAUGUCGACCACAUUAAGCUAUGA